AUGCCGCCCAAGAAGCCCGCCGGCAAUGCUGUCCAGGCCGAAGUUGCCCUGCAGCAGUCGUUGAAGAAUUGCCUGGUCAACCUCCCGUCCUCGCUCGUCUCCGUGCUCGUCAACGCCAACACCGUCGCCCAGAAUGUCGUCGUCGAGCUCACGUACCGCCAGCCUCCCCCACCGGGUGCGUCGGACAACAGGAAUGCCGCGCCCAAGUCGGUCUUUGUAGGAUGGACGGGCAUGCAGAGCAAGCGCCGCAUCGCGCCUGUCGUCGGACGAGAUGGCCUGAGAGGCAGCCCGGCAGUCAGCCAACAGGACCUGCCAGCAGUCGAGGUGGAUGCCACCUUCGCCAGGUUGAUCGGGCUCCAAGAGGGCCAGAAGGUGGGCAUACUGCUGCAUCUGGAUCCUCCACAGGCGCAUACCAUCAACAUCGAGCCAUUGACCCCUGUUGAUUGGGAGAUGAUAGAGCUGCACGCCCAGUUCUUGGAGUUGAACUUCCUCUCUCAGAUACGCGCGCUCCCGAACCCCCAGGCCCAGUCGCCGCAUCCUCUCACGCUGCACCUGUCUCCCACGACCACGGCGAACAUCACCGUCACCUCCAUCGCGCCCGCACCGCCCAACCCCUCACUCUUCGUCAAGAUCUCGCCCGACGCCGAGGUCAUCGUUGCGCCCAAGACACGGCAAAAGGAAAGGAGCUCGACGCGCGAAAGCAGAAGUGUAGGUGCUGCGUCGAGGAAGAGCGGAAAGAGCACGGCAAGCACAGUCCGGCGGCGCAGCGGUCGCGAGGAUGCCGCGAGCAAAGGCGUCAUCUUCCUGCGUGGAGUUGAUCGCAGUGUCGCCCAAGAGUGGUUCGACGAGGAAGAGGACGCAGACGCCGACGGCCUGAAGGUAUGGGUAGACAAGGACGUACUCCUCACCAAGGCUCUCAGAGGCGCCAACUGGGUCUCCGUGUCAAUCAUCAAGCCCGCCGGGCUACAGGAGCCCGUGGACAUGUCCAAAGAGCAGGAGCAGGAGAAGCCCGCAACGCGCGUGGUCGCCAAGAUCAUAGCAUGGGAGGACGCGCCGGAUAGUCGACAUGUGGCGCUUUCAACCGAUCUCUGCAGAGUUCUGGGCUUCGAGAACUUUGUGGGCGGUCUUGUCCGGAUCGAAGGUGCCCCAGCUCAAACGCCCAAGCCGCCGGCCAUGAAACCGCAAGGUACGAAAGAAUCAAGGGAACCUGUCGUCAAGUCUGUCAAGAUCAUCCCCUUUUCUACCAUUGCAUCACAGGUCAAUGCGUCGUUGAAGUUUGGCGGUGAGUCCAAGCAGGACCAGGAAAAUGCCAUACAGAAGAUCAAGACAACAUACGGAAAGAAGAACGGACUCCUGGACGGGCCACUUACAGACGGAAUGAUCCUGCCUCCUGUGAAGGACUCCGAGCUUGGUUGGCAAGGAGGCAUUGUAAGGUUUGAGCCGCCAUCAUCGACAGCCGGAGUCUCAUGGGUGCUCUUCCCGGAGAGGAAGCCACCACUUGAGCUAGGUCAAGAGGUGCCAACGCCAACAAGCUGGGCCAAGGGCUGGCAGCAAGGUGACCCGCUACCGCAGACGCCUGCGAACCUGGUUGGCAUAGACCCUCUCAUUCAGCAACUACGAUCACACCUGACGCACAACUCUUCCGUCUUACUCACAGGUGGCCUCGGGGCAGGAAAGUCACAAUGCGCUCAACUGCUCGCCCAUCAGCUGCGGACCGAGUAUCUAUUCAACACCAUCUAUUUCCCCUGCCGCAAACUUGUAACAGAUGAGACGCGAGUCGCGACUAUCAAGGAGACUCUGAACAGAUUGUUCGCUUCUGCCUCAUGGGGGGCAAGAGGCGGUGGGAAUGCAGUAGUCAUUCUUGACGACUUGGACAAGCUUUGCCCUGUAGAGACUGAACUUCAAGUUGGCAACGAGAACGGACGGAGUCGGCAUGUUAGCGAGUGUCUGAUCAACAUCGUCAGGCAAUACUGCUCCAUGGACUCUGGUGUAGUCCUGCUAGCAACUGCGCAAGGCAAAGAGGCGCUGAACAAUGUCAUCGUUGGCGGACACAUUGUCCGCGAGAUUGUCAGUCUCAAAGCGCCCAACAAAGACGGUAGAAGGAAGGUCCUUGAGAUGCUUGCUUUCAAGGACGCCAAAACAGAGCAGUCGAAGGAGCCCAAUGGCCAUGCUUUCCCGCCAUCUCCAUCCACCAGUCGACCCAGUACCGCUCACCGCAGUCACCCUAGCACUGAUAGCAUACCACAGCAACCCUCUGAGGAUUACGCCUUCACCAUCGACACCUCCAUUGACUUCCUCGACCUCGCUGGCCAGACAGACGGCUACAUGCCUGGCGAUCUUGUGCUACUCACAUCGCGUGCCCGUAACGAGGCAUUGAUUCGUUCAGUUACAUCAACCGCCCCUACUGUUUCUCUUACACGGGACGACUACACACAGGCUCUCUCUGGCUUCACGCCCGCUUCCCUGCGAAAUGUCACUCUUCAAUCCUCCACCACGAAAUGGGAUUCCAUCGGCGGUCUUCAUACAACACGACAAGUUCUGUUAGAGACCCUUCAAUACCCUACAACCUACGCACCCAUCUUCGCAAAAUGCCCACUACGUCUCCGAUCAGGUCUACUCCUGUACGGCUACCCAGGUUGCGGCAAGACUCUCCUCGCAUCCGCCGUAGCAGGCGAGUGCGGCCUGAACUUCAUCUCAGUCAAAGGACCUGAAAUCCUCAACAAGUACAUUGGUGCCUCUGAAAAGUCUGUCCGUGAUCUUUUCGAACGCGCAGAAGCAGCGCGACCUUGCGUUUUGUUCUUCGAUGAAUUCGACAGUAUCGCACCGAAACGUGGACACGACUCAACGGGUGUAACAGAUCGUGUGGUCAACCAACUUCUCACCCAGAUGGACGGAGCGGAAGGUCUUUCAGGUGUCUACGUCUUAGCUGCUACGUCGCGCCCCGAUCUGAUCGAUCCUGCGCUCCUCCGCCCCGGUCGUCUUGACAAAUCACUGCUAUGUGAUAUGCCAGACGUAGAAGAGCGCAUCGACAUCCUACGUGCCGUAACACGCAAACUACACCUCGCACCCAGCCUCCUAGGCGACGGACAGGAAGGCGAGAAUCUCCGCGAAAUAGCAAUGCGAACAGAAGGCUACUCCGGCGCCGAUCUCCAAGCUGUGGUAUACAACGCCCAACUGGAAGCCAUCCACGACGUGCUCGGAGACGUCGACCCCUCGAAGAUAGAUCACAAGAAAGAUGGAAGCAGCGGUAGUAGCAACGGUAAAGAGAAGGGUAUCCCAGAUUUCUCCUACUUCCGCUACGGCGACGACCCUUCAUCUACAUCUACCUCUGCCUUAGCCACUUCCGCCCAACUCACCGAGCGCGCCAUGAUUGCUCAGAAAAUCGCGGCUCUACAAGCUCUACGCAAGAAGCAGAAGCAGCUCCAGCGUUCUGAUGGCUCGUCGCAGCGAGAAGACGAGGACAGGGCGACUAAAGAACAAGAAGACGGGGGUGAGAGGAAGGAUCCGCAGAUCCAAUGGAAGCACAUUGAGUCGUCUCUUUCCAGCGGACGUAGCAGUAUCUCGGCUCAAGAGCGGAUGCGUCUCGAGAAGAUUUACAGAGAGUUUGUUGAUGGGCGAGAUGGAGAUUUGCCGAAUGGCCAGGGUGGAACGGAGAUUGGAGGGAGGAGCAGUCUCAUGUAA